GAUCACAGCGCUACCCUCGCACCAAGGAGACUGGACGUGUCAGAUGAACCUCAUUCAGGCGCUUCGCGCCCGUCUGGGCCCCAGUCGGCCCAUUUCCGCGACCCUUCCGCGGCAAUUUUCCCUCCCAGUCAUCGGUCCCCAGGAGAUCUAUUCCCCGAAUGUGGUCAAGAAUCGCCGAUAUAACAUCCUGUCGUUCGUGCCGCUCGUGCUUGCCGCGCAGUUUCGGCUCUUCUUCAACUUCUACUUUCUCUGCAUUGCCCUUUCGCAAUUCAUCCCUGCGCUGAAAGUCGGCUAUCUCUUCACAUAUGUGGCUCCAUUGGUAUUUGUAAUCGGCGCCUCGCUGCUCCGAGAGGCGCUCGAUGAGGUGGGCCGCUGGCGACGCGAUCGGGAUGUCAAUUCGCAACUAUACACGAAGGUGGAUCUCGCACGGCAUGGAGUCCAUGUGCCGGUGAGGAGCUGUGACCUCGCCGUGGGUGACAUCAUCAUUGUUUCGGCCAAUCAGCGGAUCCCGGCGGAUUUGGUCCUGCUCCACACCACUGACGCUGAUGGUGUGUGCUAUGUGCGCACCGACCAGCUCGAUGGUGAGACCGACUGGAAGAUCCGAACCGCGGUGUCCUACAGUCAGCGCCUGGGGCAGGCCAAUCGCCUCCAGGAUCUUCGUGCCUCGGUUCAUGUCGACCCUCCAACCAAGGACAUCUACUCUUUUUGCGGCCUUCUCACCCCGAAGCCGCCAUUGGAUGGGGUGGCCGCCGAAAGUGAGCCCACUGUCAUUCGCGACCAUUCAUCCUUCGAACCGGAGCCUUUGACCGUCGACCAUGCCCUGUGGGCAUCGUGUGUGGUCGCAGCCGGGUCCGCCACGGGUCUGGUGGUCGGCACCGGUGCCGACACCCGAGCCGCAUUGAACAAUGAGCCCACAUCCCGGGGCGCCGGUGGCGCUGUCAAGGUCAGCCGCCUGGAUCGCGAGCUGGACCGCCUGACCAAGGGGCUCUUCCUGUUGACGAUCUUCCUGUCGAUUGUCCUGGUGGCGGUGGGCAUUUUCACCGGCGGAAAUCUUCUCCAUGGCCCCCUGGCCGGGCUGGAUACUCUGGCCGCUCUCGGAGUCACGACCUUCCGCUUUGUCAUUCUCUUUUCCAACAUCAUCCCCAUUAGCCUGCGCCUCAACCUCGACAUGGCCAAGGCGGUAUAUUCGCACCAGAUCUCCACUGAUGAGGCAUUCCGUGAGCCGGUCUCCAAUAACCUGGGUGCCGGCUCCAGCGCCACGGCCAUGGACGAUUUCACCACACUCGGUGGAUCACCAAGUGGGUCGCCGAAUCUCCGGCAGCUGGCCGAUCUGCCUGGGCGCCUUGCUCUUCUGGCGGCGCCCUUUUCCGGAACCAAUGGCACUGGCAGCGCGGCCAUCCCCCUUCAGCCGCUAUCCGGCGCGAACAACGGCUCCGCCGGCGGGCAGGCCCCUGCCGGGGCUGAUGCUCCGGAAGGGGUGCUCGUGCGGAAUAGCAACAUCCCGGAGGAGCUUGGUCGCAUCGAGUUCUUGCUGACCGACAAGACCGGUACUUUGACCCAAAAUGUGAUGCUCAUGCGACGCUUGGCCCUGGGGCACUCAUGCCGACCGGCUCUCGGGUUUGAUGCCAUGGCGCAGGUUCGCUCGCGUCUUGCCAAGUAUGUUUUUGGCUUGCUGGCAGACACCGGCAAUCCGACCCCGGCAUUUGAGAGCCCCUCGGAGUCCGAGCUCCUGCCUCUGUCACGCCUUGGCACCAUGGGUCAAGUGGGCGCCAGUAGCGCCGCCCCGCCGGCCGGGCCCCUAUCGGAUGAGUCUCGCCUUCUGGCGGCUGUUCUCGGCAUCGCCCUUUGCCACAGUGUGUCCCUGGUGACUGAGACGGCCCCGACGACGGCCUCGGGUCUCGAUGCGGCCUCAGGCCCCCGGUCCUCCCUUGUGCGGCCCGCUUCCUCUUCGACCGGCUUGCGGUCGGAUUUGGACUCGGCCGGCGAGGAGGAGGACCUUCAGCAGGAGCAGCAGCACCAGCAGCAGCAGCAGCUGGACUCCCGAGUACGGGAAAUGCUUGACAAUGGGGGAGACCAUGUGCCCGAGUAUCAGGCUGCCUCGCCGGACGAGCUGGCCCUUGUCCGGUGGUGUGCGUCGGUGGGUGUGGUUCUGGCGGCCCGGACACCCAAGGCCAUGGCACUGGAGCUGCGCCUGGCCGGCCGGUCGUGGCCCGCGCAUUUGGCUCCCGCGCUCGGGAGCCGGUCCAUUGCCCCGGAAGAGGGGAGCUGGACUUGUCUUGAGCGCGGCGUCGCGCGGCUGGUCUUCGACAUCCUCCACAUCGAUCCCUUUUCGUCCGAACGUCGACGCAUGGGUAUCCUUGUGCGGCUCCGGCCGCCGGUGGCCAACCCCGAAGCGGGCGUCACUCCGGCCGGGGCCGAACGCUUCUGGACCGAGGUAGCCGGCCAGCAGCGCAAUGGUGGCUGGUACAUCCUGAAGGGAGCGGAUUCGGCCUUGCGGCCACUUCUCCGCUGGAACGACUGGGUCGAUGAGGAGUGCUCGAAUAUGGCACGCGAUGCCCUUCGGACGCUGGUGCUCUGUCGACGCCCUCUGUCCUCGAAUGAAAUUUCCUCGGUCGUAGCCCGGCUGAAUGUGGCUCGGGGCCCUGCCGGUGGUGGGGAUCUCGCUGUCACGUCCAUCGUCGAGUCGACCCUCGAACAGGUGGGCAUGGAUCCCCUCGGAGUCACCGGGGUGGAGGACAAACUGCAGGAUAAUGUGAAGGAGACCCUGGAGGCAUUGCGACAUGCCGGAGUCAAAAUCUGGGUUCUGACUGGCGAUCGGGUGGAAACGGCGGUGCAUGUGGCUCGAGCUGCACGUGUUGUCCCACGAACGGCCGCCGUGUAUGCCAUCUGCAAUGUGACCGACCCUCUGGACAUCGCCGAGCAUCUGGAUUCCAUGCUUGCACGCUUCGGCUCGUCCAGCUCCCGUGGCGGCGCAGGCGAAGAGGGCUGUGUUGUUAUCGACGGCGUGUCGUUGCAAACGUGUCUCGACUUUUGCCCGCACGAGUUCCGCACCGCGGUUCUUGGCCUGCCAUCUUUGGUGUGCGCUCGUGUGUCCCCCCAGCAGAAGGCCGCCAUCGUGCAUCUCCUUCGCAGCUGCAAGCCAACGAACAGCCCGGUCACCGGCCAGAGGGACACACAUGGCGGCAACCCGGCCGGCGGCUCGGCCCACCGCCAGCAACAAUACCAUCCCCAUCAUCACCAUCACCCGCUCUUGGGGUCCGGCCACUAUGGCGAUGAUGAUGACGAUGGGGGCCAUCUUCUGUUCAAUGCCCCCGGGCGGCAUGACCCGGACGAUGAUUAUGGCUUCCUGGAGCCACAUCGGCAGCAGGGGCACCUUUCGGCCGACCAGCCACUGGCCGGCAUGACUGGGGACUUCUUUUCGGCGGCCGGAGCCGGUACUUCCGGCGGCGAUGAUGGGUAUCACCACCCCGGGCCGGCCCCCUCGGCCUCGGACUCGGCCCAAUACCGGCCACCGAUUGUGUGCGCCAUCGGCGACGGUGGCAACGAUGUGGCCAUGAUCCUGGCAGCCGAGGUGGGUGUCGGUAUCCGGGGCAAGGAGGGCUCGCAAGCUUCCCUGGCGGCGGAUGUCAGUGUGUCGCGCUUCGGCGACCUGAGGCGCCUGCUGCUGGUCCAUGGUCGCAAUAGCUACAAGCGCUCGGCCACUCUGAGCAUGGUGAUCAUUCACCGUGGGCUGAUCAUUUCCCUGGCCCAGGCGCUCUUUUCGGCGCUCUAUUGGUCCUCGCCGGUGGCCCUGUACACGGGCCAUUUGCUGGUCGGGUGGACCACAUUCUUCACCAUGGCGCCGGUCUUUUCCCUGGUCCUGGAUCGAGACGUCGCGGCCGAUGUGGCCCUGGCUUUUCCGGAGCUGUAUCGUGACCUGCGGCCGGAGGUGCAUGUUCCCUCUGGCUUUGCCGCCGGUGUGGCGGCGGCCACCGCCGGGUCGGGGGCACAGGGCUCGCGAUACAGCGCGGUCUCCGCCGGUGGGUAUCGCUCUCGGACAUUCCACCUUCCGGAAUGGCUGACGGCUGGGGGCCUACUCCGGCGCUUUGAGAAGUUGUCAAUCUCCAGUGGCGGGCCACUUGGGAGCCGGUCAACCAUCGGCUGGUCACUUUUGGCCAUGUGGCAGGCCUGCUGCGCGCUCGGCAUCGCCCAAGUGGUGGUCUCGCCGAGUGGCGAUUUGCGUGAGCUAUUGGCGGUCAGCUUCACGGCGCUGCUUCUGGGGCAGCUGUUGACGCUCUGUCUAAUGGUCAAGUCUUGGCAUGGGUACAUUGCCUGCGCUGUAUUUGCCUCGGUGGUUUUCUACAUCAUGGCCAGCCUUUGGUGGCUUGGGGAUUACUACGACUCGGAAUUCAUCCGCUCGUUGGAGUUUUUCUGGAAGGUGGCAGCCACUGUGGCGCCAGCCAUCUUGCCGCCCUUUGUGUGGUUGAUCUACCGGACACGCAUUCGCCCGCCCAAAUAUGCCAAACUUUCCUCCUAGCCCCGUGCACCCCCCUCCCCCGCCAUUGCAGGAGGUCACGCAAUACACACAACCCAUUUGUCGA